UCAGCUGACUGAAAUGUUGACAAGGCAAGUUGGCUGUCGCCGGUGGAGGAAGCAAAAUCGCUGGUUGACAGUUUCAGCGAUGAGUAACUGAAUUGGCGACCUGAGAUACUGUAUGAAAGUUUAUUUUCUCGGUCUGUCCUCGUGUGGUUGCCCGGCAGCUGCCAGUUUAUACACAAUAGGCGAUUGUUGGUUUUCCUCAAUUAGUUUUGCCUGACCUGUGAUCCGUGUAAAAGGUGAACAAGAAGACACUAGUGGAAACAUUACUGCUCUCAGUAUGGACAUCCAGAACGAGAGGAGAAGGCUGCUGGAUGCGGAGGAUGGAGAUGAGGAUCCUACUGGACUCAUCUCUGAGCAGGAAGCUUAUCUGAGUAAAGUGAAGAACAGGAAUUUAUACCUGGCAACGUUUGCGUCUGUUCUGGGUCCCAUGAGCUUCGGGUUCGUGUUGGGAUACAGCUCUCCCGCUAUCCCCGAACUCACCAGCAUUGCUGACCCGCGGCUGCGUCUGGACGAUAACCAGGCCUCCUGGUUUGGGUCCAUAGUGACGUUGGGAGCGGCAGCCGGCGGCCUGCUGGGCGGUUGGAUGGUGGAGAAGAUGGGCAGGAAGCUCAGUCUGAUGUUCUGCUCGCUGCCGUAUGUCUUCGGGUUCACUAUGAUCAUCGCGGCACAGAAUGUGUGGAUGCUUUACAUCGGCAGAGUGCUCACAGGCCUCGCCAGCGGGGUCACGUCGCUGGUCGUCCCACUGUAUAUCUCUGAGAUGGCCCACGAGCGGGUGCGCGGGACGUUAGGCUCCUGUGUGCAACUCAUGGUGGUGAUGGGCAUCAUGGGAGUGUAUCUCGGAGGUCUCUACCUGGACUGGCGAUGGCUGGCGAUCUGCAGCUCCAUCCCGCCUACGCUGCUGAUGGUCUGCAUGUGCUUCAUGCCAGAGACGCCCCGGUUCCUGCUGUCACAGGGAAAGAGGCGAGAGGCUGAGGAGGCGCUGCGCUUCCUGCGAGGGCCGGACGCCCCCGUCGAGUGGGAGUGCGCCCGCAUCGAGGAAGCCUGCAGUGAGCAGGGCUCUACUUUCCAAAUGUCCGACCUGAAGGACCCGGGUUUCUACAAGCCUCUGAUGAUCGGAGUAAUGAUGAUGAUAUUCCAGCAGAUGACUGGGAUCAAUGCCAUCAUGUUCUACGCUGAGAACAUAUUUGAACAGGCACAUUUUAAGGAGAGUGACCUGGCUUCAGUCAUCGUGGGUCUGAUUCAGGUCGUCUUUACGGGAGUGGCAGCGCUGAUCAUGGACAAAGCUGGAAGGAAAGUUCUUCUCAUCAUCUCAGGUGUUGCCAUGGCGAUCAGCACCACAGCGUUCGGGGUCUACUUCUACCUGAUGUCUAAAUUCCCCCCCCCCUCCUCGCUGAGCCUCUUGGUGCUGGACAAGGCAGCCGAAGAACCCCACGCUGACCUGGCCUGGCUCGCCCUGGCCAGCAUGGCCGUCUUCAUCACAGGUUUUGCUCUGGGCUGGGGUCCGAUCCCAUGGCUGGUCAUGUCGGAGAUUUUCCCCUACAAAGUGAGGGGGAUUGCCAGCGCUGUGUGCGUCCUCACCAACUGGAGCAUGGCCUUCAUCGUCACCAAAACCUUCAAAGACAUGAUGAUUCUGCUCACCAGCGCUGGAACCUUCUGGCUCUUCGCCUCUAUGUGCAUCCUCAACGUGGUCUUCACCAUCGCCUUCAUCCCAGAAACAAAGGGCAAGACACUGGAGCAGAUCGAAGCCAUGUUCAGAGGGACGUCCGGUCCAUGAACCUGCCACAAGACAUCGCACACGUAAAACACUGAAAAACUCAUUCUGACACUGUGGGCAUUUAAAAAAUCUGUGUUAGGCCUACGAAGCUAUAAAGCUGACACUUUCUUAUCAUUUGUUUUUAUGAAACUAAACUAAACCUGAUGCACUCAUAAAGACUCUCAGUAAAACUCAGUGUGCUGCUUCCUCUAGAAGACUCUCUGCUGCCCCCUGCAGGUCUCACUGGUCUCUGCCCAUACAGGUCAUUUGUGCAAGUUCAAAUGUCCUUUACUUGGGCAGUUUGACGGUUAAAAAGCUUUACAGAAAGCUCUAAAACUAAAUAAUCAUGUACAUAGUAAAAGUUAUAUUUAACACUGGGGUUUUUCAUUCUUUCAGGUUUGGAGUAUUGGGACCAGGCAUAAGGGGGGGGGGAAGUAGGACGAUUGUUUUUUUGCCAUUUUCCGAAUAAAGUUGUGAAGUUGAAAAUAAAGUCAAACUUCAUUAUAAAUAAAAAUAAAAAAUCAAAGGAGGAGGAUUAAUUUUUUUUUAAUAUUAGUGCCAGACAUAAGAGUAAAGUCGAAAUAUUGUACAUAUAUAAACUUGACAUUUCAAAAUUAAAGUUGAAUUUAACUGUUUAUGCAUAUAUUAAAAGUAUGUUUUUAUUUUCAACAUUACGGCUUUAUUCUUAAAAUGCAAAAUAAAUGUAUAAUCUUCCUCAUCAUAAUUGUUCCUUUAUACUCUUCCCUCGGAUUCUUUGCUGUGAAGUAUCAGAGUAAAAUCAGUUCUAAAGUAAUAAUCCACCCCAAAUCUUUCUUUGAGUAUCAAAAACUUUUUUUGAAGAGAAAAGAGGCUGUGGUAAGAUAUAAUUAAUGUCCAGUAGAAUCUAAAGUACAAUCUAAAUGCACAUGGAUGUUUAUCAAACCACUGCUGCAUCCAUAUUCCACUUUUCACCAGUUCUGAUUAAAACAUCGUCUGCCUUAAUCCUCAUGUAUCACCCUUUUCAACAGGAUGAAAUCUGUUUUAAACAGAAUAUGUUUAGUUAAAAACGAGAAAUACUUUAAAAAUAUAAGAGCUGGUAUGAUGCUAAAGCAGACUGCAGGGAAUAUACCGAUUGUUUUAAAAACAGUAUUGAUGUUCGCGUAGUUUCAGACACAUUUUCUUCCAUUCCUUUGUGAGAAUGAUGUCGGGUGUCUUUGCUCCUUAAUCUCUCUAAACAAAGAAGUUUGCAGACACUUUAUUGUACUGAUGUUUUGGGAGGUGAAUGCUUAAUGAGGUGACUGAAGUCUGCUGUUUACACUGACUGUGCUGACUUUUCAUCAUCCGGGAAAUUAAACAGAUUCUGUGAUUCAAUAAUGAAAAUACUGUGUUAUCUGCCAAUUGUGAACUCUCGUACAAGAAAGAAAAUGAUUCACUUGCAACUUUUCUGUAAUAAUUUGCUGUUAUUUUUGUAAAUGAAAUGUUUUGAACUUACUAUCUCUUUAUAUAUUUACAAAGUUUAGUCUGAACGGGAUUAAAUGAAUCUCUUCGUUGUUUCCACACUAAGAAUGUCCAUGUUUGUGUGAAUCACAAACUGUGUCUGUGAAUAAAAUGACUGUGUUGCUUUGAAAA